AAAACACUCCACAAAUAAAUAGGUUCUAGCUUCCUAUUAACAGGACGCUCGAUCGUCUUCACUGAAAAUGCCUAAGACCUUACCAAUUUCCAAGCAGCUUGCUUCUGUCAAAGCUUUUGGAAAAGCCUCAGAUCUAGAAAUGGCGACUGCAACAGCAGCACUGGUAUUUUAUAACUCAGCUGGACCAGAUGGCAAACUGAGCAAAGCAGGAGCUAAAGAUUUAUUAUUGACACAAUUUCAGAUUUUCACAAGGGGACAAGAGACGAAACCAAAAUACAAAGAAAUCUUCGCUGACCUUGAUGAAGAGAAAGAGAAUAAAAUUGAUCUAGAAGACUUCAUGGUCUUGAUAAUAAGCCUGACAAUCAUGUCAGAUGUUAUACAAGAUAUUCGAAAAACACAAACCUCCAAGUAA